AUGUCUACCUCUAAUGACGAAAUGUAUACUGGUCUCCUUGUAACCUAUCUGCGGGGACUUACUUCUGAUCACUGGUCAUACAUAGAUUUUUUGAGACUAAACCGUGAUAAUAUCGUUGAUUAUCCACCAUUUACAGAGGAUUUGAAUGGUCUUGAUGGAACCUGGUUUAGGAGAUUUCUUCGAGCAGUGCAAGACCUAAAACCAACAAUAUACGACACUAUAAAAGGGAAGCUUGUGCUUAAAAGCACCCUUGAUGCAGAAGGUCUUGGCCUGUUAAAUGUGGCAAGUAGGCUACAAUCGCGGAAGGUUACCCUGGAUUACGAAGACCAGAUUGCAAAAUUGAUACCCUCUUCUGAUAAGCGUUCUCUUGAUAAUACCUCAGCGGAUGAUAAAUCUACAGCUAAGAGAGUUAAAAUCUUUAAUAAAGUUGAAACUCUGGAAAGCACGGAACAACAAUUGCAAAAUGCCGGAGAUUAUAAUACACCACCCCCUCCUUACAAUAAUACACGUAUGAUGUCUUACAUCUCAAAAAUACCCAUUAUCACUGGAACAGACAAGUGGUAUUCAUCCCAAAGUAGAAGAUAUGUUAAAUUAGAUAGUUAA